GGAGGCGCUGAUUUCAUUGUGUGACGCCGGGACCGACCCAGCCGAAACCGGCUGAAUUCGGAGCCCUGGGGCCCCCCGUAGCAGCCCCGCCUGCCCCGCAGAGCACGAUGAAUCUGCGUUCUGUAUUUACUGCAGAACAACAGAGGAUAUUGCAGCGUUACUAUGAAAAUGGAAUGACAAAUCAGAGUAAAAAUUGCUUUCAGCUCAUAUUACAGUGUGCCCAAGAAACUAAGCUGGACUUCAGUGUAGUCAGGACGUGGGUUGGAAACAAAAGAAGAAAGAUGAGCAGUAAGAAUGUUGUGGAUUCUGGAGGAAGUCCAUCGGCAACUGCCACCAGCACGCUGACGAUGCCUCCAGAAGUGGCUGUUCAAAAUGUGGUCAGCAUAGCCCGUUCCCAGAGUCAGCAGUCAUCAUGGACCUCCUCAAAUAACGAUGUCAUAGUAACUGGUAUCUAUAAUCCAGCUGCUUCAUCUGGCAGACUGGUAUCCACUAAACAGACCAACUCAUUGAUGAGUGAUCUGCAUAAAAAUUCUCUUUCAAGGCCAGCUGGGAAAAACGAUCCUGAAUUUCAGCGGCAGCACAUUGCUGUGGCACGGCAAGCACCCCAUUGUAAAAAUGCCUCGCUUUUCCUGGGAGAAAAAACAAUUAUCCUCUCGAGGCAGACGAGCGUGCUGAAUUCAGGAAAUUCUAUUUAUAAUCACACUAAGAAAAGCUAUGGUGGGUCUUCAGUUCAGACUGCAGAAUUGGUGUUACCUCAAAAGCCUGUGCUGUGUCACCGACCAUACAAAAUGGAUCAGGUGGGGUGCCAAAGGUUGCAAAAGCCCGAACACCCCAUCCUUGCUUCUUCCGUGCCAUCUGGACAGAGGUCUAACAUUAGAGAUCCUUCCUGCAGUACCCACAAUUUGGAAAUCCGAGAGGUUUUUUCGUUGGCUGUUACUGAUCAGUCACUGGGCGGAAGCAGAGAAAAGUCCCUGGCCUCUUCAGGAGAAGGCAGUUGUUUGUCUAUUGCCAUGGAAACCGGGGAUGUGGAUGAUGAAUAUGCUAGAGAGGAAGAGUUGGCAUCAAUGGGUGCCCAGAUGCAGAAUUACUCUAGGUUAAGUGGUACAUCCCUCAGAGUCGAGAAUCCAGGAUCGGGUUUUUCUGGAUCAGGCAGAAGCGUCAGUUGUGGUUCACACAUGCUGAACUCAAGGAACUUGCAUGACAAUAUCCUGUAUCAUAAUAGAGACUACCGCCUGCCUCCACGGACUUCGUUGCAUAGCACAUCCAGUACACUCUAUAGCAGUUCUUACCCAUCAAGAAGUAAUAUUUCUUCUCAUUUUGCAGCAUCCAAUCAACUAAGGCUAUCGCAGAACCAAAAUAAUUAUCAGAUUUCAGGAAACCUUACUGUGCCUUGGAUUACUGGAUGUUCCAGGAAAAGAGCAUUGCAGGACCGUACACAAUUCAGUGACCGAGAUUUAGCCACCCUUAAGAAAUAUUGGGACAAAGGCAUGACCAGUCUUGGAUCAGUUUGCCGAGAGAAAAUUGAAGCAGUUGCUGCAGAGUUAAAUGUUGACUGUGAAAUAGUGAGGACUUGGAUUGGAAACCGGAGACGAAAGUAUCGUCUAAUGGGAAUUGAAGUCCCUCCUCCUCGAGGUGGCCCUGCUGUUUUUUCAAGUCAGUCUGAUUCCAGUGAUAAGUCAGUACCCAUUCCAGGAGAUGAUACUUUGACUGAUAUAGGAGAUGAUAAUGACAGGAAUGAUGAAGUAUCCAUCUGCUUAUCGGAAGGAAGCUCCCAAGAAGAACACAAUGAAGUUCUUCCAAAUGAAGACAUUGGCCACAAAGAAGAGGACCACACUACUGUAUCUUCAGAUAAUGUGAAAAUAGAAAUAAUAGAUGAUGAAGAAAGUGAUAUGAUAAGUAAUUCUGAAGUGGAUCAAAUGAGCUCUCUUCUGGACUACAAAAAUGAGGAAGUAAGGUUCGUUGAAAGUGAACUGGAGCAUCAAAAACAGAAAUAUUUUGAACUUCAGGCUUUCACGAGAAGCUUGAUACUUGCUGUCAAAACAGAUGAUAAAGAACAGCAGCAGGCACUUCUAGCAGAUUUACCUCCAGAAUUGGAAGAGAUGGAUUUCAAUCAUACAUCUCCAGAACCUGAUGAUACCUCAUUCAGCUUGUCAUCUUCAUCAGAAAAAAAUGCUUUGGACAGUUUGUGAUCUUUUGACAAAGGAAACAACACAGCAUACUUUGUCUAAUGUGUAUGUUUUGAACCAAUUACAUUUUGUUAACCAAUAUCCUUAAAUAUGAAGGAAGAAGUAGGGUGGGAAGGCAGGCAAGCCAAUUGUAUAUUGAGUGCUUUUUGAUAGUAUCUGCAAAUUCAGAGUUUUGUUGUUGACAAAUGUGAAAGCUACUUGAAAGCUGCUUCUAGCAGCUAUAUCUUGAUGAUGGUACCUUCAUAAUAACAUGAACUUAAUAAUAAGCUCCUGACUUAAUGAGGGCACCAAGAAUGGAAGAACAGUAGUCAAUUAUGUUAAUAAUUCAACAGUCCUUCCUAAUGUUAUCCGUCAGUCCUACAGUGUGAUAUUUUGCCUUUUCUUGUUCUUUUCUCCUUCUCAGGUAGGUGGACUGAUCAAUGGAAAUUAUGGGUUUCAAGAGAUCAGCGGGGAUAAUUUGGGCCUUCAUUCAAACAAUAAUCAUUCUAACCAGGGAUCAAACAAAGUAGUAUUGGUCUUUUUCUUUUUCUGUAUAUAGCAGCAAACCAUUGUAUCUUCUCUUCAUUUUGGAAUGAUGAAAUAUCCUGGAAUAUUUUCAUUACUGAAAAAGCAAAUCUAUUUAUCUUAGCUCUAAUAAAUUAUUUUGUGUAUAUCAGCAGAUGGAUGUCCCCCCCCCAAAAAAACAGUUGACUCUUGUAAGUGCACAGUUCAGAAAAACCAUUUCCAGCAGCACAGCAUUCCCCUUUAGUACACUGUAGAGAUUGGUGAUAAUAAUCCUAGGAAUAAUCCAUACUCUUGUUUGAAGUUCUGGUAGAUGCUUGUGGCUUACAUACAAGCUACUGGUCCAUGAGCAAGCCUCAUAUAAAAAUUUCAUGGAAAUAUAAAAAGAUUUGUAAUUUAAAUUUCCCCUUCAAGUGUGUUUGGUGGAAAUAGUGACUCAAGAGAAGGAAAAACUUCAUAAGUGGUGUGAGAAAUUUUGAUGAAAAUUCCCCCCAAGGGGAAAUUCUUCUGGAAUUGUAAUGGGGAACAGCUGCUUAGUCCAUAUACCUGUUAAGAUAAUUAAAACAAACCAGCCAGGAAUCAAACACUAAUUUAUGAAUUAGCUCUGGAUAGGAUUUAGCAAAUGUACCACACAUUUAUGCAUCCUGGCUUAAAAUUUACUUUGUUUGAUUUGUUAGGCAAUUAGACCAGAACUCGGUGACAAAUACAUUGGAGUUCUCCGUCUUUGCCGUGUGCAUCAAAAUCCUGCUCAGAAUAACGUCUCAGAGUCCAGUGCAUAAUUUGACCAUUGUCCUCUUUUUCAACUUCUGCUGGAAACAGAGUCUGUUUUAAUCUUAAACAUUUUUAGAAUUUUGAUCUAAACUUAUGUAUGUUGUGUCUUAAAUAGGAUAAUGAAAAUGUUACUUACCAA